AUGGAGGGGCGGCCGCACGACGAGAUCCCGUACGACUAUUCCGAGGGGCAAUACGCGGCGUGCACGGACGCGGAGGACGACCCGACCAGCGACGGCGCGUUUGAGGACGGCGACGAGGACGAGGCGCUGCCGUAUGAGUGGUUCCUGUGGGGCACGCCGCUGCACACCGCCAACCGGACCGCAAGCACGCUUGCAGACGCUGGUCCGGACACCCGCCCGUCCGCCUCGCCGGACGACGCCAGCGCAGGCGCGGCCCGCCGCAAAGGAAGGAGCCCGAACUUCAUCGGCCUCGACUGCGCGGGGAACGCGCUCCCGUCGGAGGCGCUGGCCGCAUUCGACGCGCUGAGCGAUGCUACCGACGCCCUCCGCGACGCGACGGUGCUUGCGCGCGGCGGCCGUGUCGGCAGCGCCGCCCUCGCUCUCCGGCGGCUCGAGAGGGCGUUGGGCAUCGAGGCCGUCGGCGUCGAGGCGGCCGGGGUCGAGGCGGCCGGGGGCGGCCAGGUCGCGGCCGGGGGCGAGGACGACGACGGAGGCGCUGUGCCGUAUGGGCGGCCGCUCCCGUCGGGCGAUCAGCUGGUCGCUCGCUUUGGCUGCGUCGGUAUCACGACGGAGUACACCGCGCUGCUCCGCCGCUGGCUGGCGGAGCACCCGUCUGCUGCGGACCGGGCGGCGGCGGAGGAGGCUGCAGCGGGCGGGGCGGCGGCGGGCGGAGGGGCGGGCGGAGGGGCGGGCGGUGGGGCGACCGACUGGCGGCGCGUCCCGCCAGGAGUGAGGGGCGGCGCGAUCCCGAAGCUGAUCGUGCAGACGUACAAGUCUCGCGACACAGUGCCGGACAAGAUGAGGCAGUACGCGCGGAAGGUGCAGGAGCUGCACCCAGGCUGGACGUACCUUUUCUUCGACGACGCAGACAUCGCCGCCUUCAUCGCCGAGCGCGAGCCGGCGUGGGUGGCUCAGUACGAGGCGCUGCGCCAUGCGCCCAUCCAGCGGGUCGACCUCUUCCGCUACCUCGCCGUGUCGCACUGGGGAGGCUUCUACCUCGACCUCGACGUGCUCCUCUCGCAGCCGCUCGACGAGCAUGUCUCUCUCUCCGAGCUGGACCCGUCCGCCCGCGCCGUCUUCCCCUUUGAGCGGAUGAUCGAGCCCUCCGUCCACCCCUCGCUAGUCGGGGAGGUCGGCACGCGCACGCUGGUCGGGCAGUACGCCUUCGGAGCGACGCCGCGCCACCCCUUCCUCGCCGCGAUCCUGCGGUACGUGCGGCGCGCUAGCCUCGAGCCUCGGUGGGCGCUCGUGCCGCCGCCCGCCGCCGGCGACGAGGAUGACGACAAGACGGUGCUCUACACGACCGGGCCGGCCCUCGUCAGCCGCGCCUUCUUCGAGGGCGGUCAGCGAGCGCCCCGUGGCCAGGUGCGGCUGCUCUACGCCUCGGCCGCCGGCCCCGACGCGCCGAGCGGCUGGGGCAGCUUCGGACCAGGCAACUGGCACCACCACCACGGCACGUGGAAGGGUGGGGCACUCGACGGCGCGCGGCUCAUCGAGCGCGCCGAGCGGCACACUGCGGCGGGCCGGCACGAGCAGGCGGCGAACCUCUUCCUGCGCGCGCUGCUGCACGGCGCCUCGGGCUGGUCGAGCGAGCUCGUUCUCGACGUCGACCAACGGCGCCAGCGCUGCUACCACCAGCUGGGCAGGCUCGCCGAGGCCCACCUCGCCAUCGCGCUCGAGUACGUCAAGCAGGGCGAGGCGGUGUCGGCGGAGAUGUACCUGGAGCGCGCGGCGGGGCAGGCGCGGCAGGACGGGCAGCCGGACGUGCAGGCAGAGGUGCACUUUGCGCGCUGGCGCUUGAUCGGCGCGGCGCAGCGUGAGCGGGCGGACGAGGAGCUGCGGCGCGCGAUGGAGAUGCAGCCGGCGAGCUCGCGGUACCAGAUCGAGUUCGCGCUCAGCCAACUCACCAAGGAGGCGGUGCACGCGGCGCAGGUGCUGCCGCAGCUCGCGCGCGGCCUCGAGCUCGAGCUGAGGGAGGGGGGCGGACAGGCGGCUCCUGCCGGCGCCGUGGCGGCACCGCGCACGAGGGCGAGCCUGCUCUUCCUGUGGAACGUCGCGGCGGUCCUGCAGUCCACCAUCCUCACGACGCCCGGCCUGAGGGAGCAGAUGAGCGCCAUGCUGCAGCCGCUGAACAGCGUCGCGAGCACGCCGUGUGAUUUGGAGCCGGAGGGGGCGGAGCUCACAGCGUCCGAGGUGGGCCAGGAGGCACCGGGCGUCGCGCGCGCGUCGCGGCCGACGAGCGUGCUCAUCAGCGACCGUUUGCGGGUGAACAAGUAUGGAGUGGCCGUCCCCGUGUGAGAGCUGGCUUGGAGAGCUGCAGCUGGGUCGUAGGUCGGAGAGGGACAUGCGAGUCCGCGUGGUACGGUUGACGCGAGACUGAGUCGUACGCACAGUAUCGAGUAUGCGAGCAUGAGUACAAGUGUGUCUGGGCUCUGGGGUCGAAGCGGGUAUACUACUGCGUACAUCGUGAAGGGACGUGUUGUUACGCUCACAGCUUCGACUUCAUC